AUGGGCAAAGAAAACCAAACAUAUGUGACUGAAUUUAUCUUGCUAGGCCUUUCUUCAGAUCAUCAGACCCAGAUCUUGCUGUUUGUGAUAUUUCUCUUCAUCUAUCUGCUGACCGUGCUUGGGAAUCUUCUCAUUAUCCUCCUAAUUCAUGUUGAUGCUCGACUUCACACACCAAUGUACUUCUUACUUAAAAAUUUGUCAUUUGUUGAUCUCUGCUUCUCUACUACUAUUGUUCCCCAAUUGCUAUUCCAUUUGCUGGUCAUGAGAAAGACCAUUUCUUUUACUAGGUGCUUGAUUCAGAUGGUUUUGUUCCUAAUAAUGGGGUGUACAGAGAGUUCACUUCUAGCAGCGAUGGCCUAUGACCGCUAUGUGGCUGUCUGCAAGCCCCUACACUAUUCCACCCUCAUGACCCAGAGCAUUUGUCUUCAGCUAGUCAUAGGGUCCUGGGCCAGUGGAGCAUUUGUGUCUUUAGUAGACACCACAUUCACUUUAUUUCUUCCUUAUCAGGGACAGAAUAUAAUUAAUCAUUAUUUUUGUGAGCCUCCUGCCCUCCUGAAGCUGGCUACCGCAGAUACCUACAGCACAGAAAUGACCAUCUUUGCAAUGGGUGUGGUAAUCCUCCUCGGUCCUGUCUCUCUUAUCCUUUUCUCUUACUGGAAUAUUAUCUCCACUGUGAUUCAAAUACAGUCGGGGAAGAAGAGGCUCAAGGUCAUCUCUACGUGUGGUUCCCAUUUCAUUGUUGUUUUCUUCUUCUAUGGGUCAACAAUAUUUACCUACAUGCAGCCUAAUUCAAAGAAAAUGAAUGAGGGGGACAAGGUGAUCUCAGUGUUCUACUCAGUCAUAACAUCCAUGAUGAACCCUUUCAUUUAUAGCCUAAGGAACAAGGAUGUGAAGGAGGCAUUUAGGAAAGUAUUUGGAAGAUAG